UCCACACAGAAGGGGAGGAGCUACUUCCAGGGUCUGUGUCCAGCAUUGCAGCCCCACAUCCCAGCAACCAAAAGUGCUGCCCACCUGGAGACCAAGAAGGACCUUGCCCACUGUGUUGAGUGCCAUGUGAGUGCUCAGUCCAACAGGAUGGCUGGUGCACCGGUGAAAUUUUUGUCUGUGGUUGGAUUCAGUCUUAUCUGCCUUAAAAUGGUUGCUUCAACAAAAACAGUUCCCGAAAUACCCACUAUUGAUCAAGCUUAUUCAAAAAUCAGCAACAGUAUCACUGUGGAAUGGGCUACAGUGCCAGGAGCUACCAGUUACCUCCUCACAGCCAAAGACGGGAACACUGUCAUUGAGACCAUGGUGGCCAAUUCCCCAGGCACUGUGACUGGCCUGAAAGCUGCAACCUUGUACCAGAUCACCAUCAGAUCCAUCAGUCCUGCGGGGAGAAGCCAGGCAUCACCUCCAAAACAGGCAAAGACAGUACUGGCGGCACCUAUUCUACAAGUAAGCUCUCCAAGUUCAGACUCUAUUCUUGUGCAGUGGGAAGCUGUAUAUAUGGCCAUUGGAUUCUCUGUGUCCAUUAUGCAAGCUAAUGGUUUGGGUAGAAUAUGGAAAGAGAAUACCACCAACACCUCCUUGACAUUCACCAGUUUAGCCGCAGGGACUCUCUACACCAUAAAGGCCUAUGCAUGGAAUGCCAAUGGAACCCCCGGGGAUGACUCCACCUGCAAUCAGAGAACAAGUCCAGGUACUCCUGCCAACAUUCAAGUCUCUUUUGAUAGUGGUGCUCUGAAGGCAUCUGUUUCAUGGGCACCGACAGAAGGAGCUUUCAACUAUACCGUGAUGGCUUUGAGUGACUCUUCCAGGCUGAGCUGCAGUACAGCUUUCAGUUCCUGCGCCAUCUACCCUCUCCAGUGUGGAACCAAGUACCUGAUUUCAGUUUCAGCAAGUAAUGAUGCCGGAUCUAGCAGAUCAACUUCAGCAGUGACUUUGAAAACCGUUGCUUGUGCACCUGGAAAAGUGGCAAUCCAAGAAGAUCCUCCUGGCCACCUGUCUGUAGCUUGGUCCAAUGUGGAUCUGGGUGAUUACUAUGUGGCCUUUGUGAAGAGUGAUGAUGGCUUGGAAGUACAUUGCAACACUUCCCUCACCCAGUGCAAUUUCUUAUCUGAGUGUGGCUUCACUUACUUUAUUAGUGUUUUUGCCUAUAACAAGGCAGGGCAGAGUCCUUUGGGUGAUGUGUUUAAUUAUACCACAGCUCCCUGUUGUCCUAGUGACGUUAACCCCGUGCUGGUGUCCAGUGACAGGGCAGAGAUUGUCUGGUCUCCCGUCCGAGGCGCUGAACUUUAUGAAACGAAGGCUGAGGAUGGGUUCAGUGUGGUUGAGUGUAACGACACUGCUCCGGCUUGCACGCUUUCUGCUCUAGAGUGUGACACCAAGUAUAACAUCACGGUGUAUUCCUUCAGCGAAGUCCGGGGCAGCAAUACGUCAUGUGCUUCCCAAUUCAUAACCACAGCUCCUUGCAGUCCUGAAAUCAAAAACAUUUCAAAGGAUGACUUUUCCAUGAUUCAUGUGCGCUGGCAAUCCACUAAUGAUGAGGCCACUUACACGGUGACUGCCCGCGGAGAGAAAGGGUCGCACCAGUGCAGCAGCACCGGAGAGUCCUGCACCCUGGGCGGCUUGCCCUGCGGCUCACUGUUCUCGGUCACCGCCGUGGCCGAGACGCCCGCAGGACGGAGCCUGCCCAGCUACAGUGUGCCUCUGGAGACAGCGCCGUGCUGCUCAGCCAGUCUGAUGGUAACUCAGGUCACUCAAUCAGUAAUCAACGUGAGCUGGACUGUUGGGAGUGGGGCCCUAACCUAUGUGACAGUUCUGCAGUCACAAAUGGGACAGUCAAAGUGUCACACCCAUCAGAACCACUGCCUCCUGGGAUGCAUCGCAUGCGGCAUCAAUUACACAGUGGCAGUAAAAGCAGUUAGUGCCACUGGGUUGACUGCGGACUGCGCCUACCAAAGUUAUUCCUCUAGUGCCUGCUGCCCUUUGGGGGUGAAAUUAUAUAGGCUGGGCCCUAAUGGCAUCCGGAUCCACUGGCAGGCCUCCAGGGGCUCUGCCAAUUACAGCACCGACCUCUAUGGUUCCAAAGGCAUUUUCACAUGUGCCCCAAGCGCUGGCCUCAGUUUCUGUGAUGUUACGGAGAUACCCUGCGGGGAUGUGUAUACCGUGAUGGUCUCACCAGUUGCUGAGACAGGACUGAAGCUUACUUUCUGUCCAAAAAAAAUAUAUUCAGUAACCUGCUCUGGAAGUACACUUGGAAUGGUGAUUUACAGAGGGAAGAGAAAUGUGGAAUGACACAGUAAACCAUGGAAGAAAACAGAGACUUGACUAAGGUUCCUUAAUUGUUAGUGUGAUUAGAGCUGGAAAAUGUCUAUUAGAAUACAAAAUGCCUCUAGGAUAGGACAAGCUCUUUUGGCCUUUAGAAGAACUGCUCUGACUCCACUUCCUGAGUUCCAGGUCAGGUGUGUCCUCAAUGGCACAGGAGUUCAAGAUCUGCUGCAGAGAAGACUCAGGGGAGAAAUUAAUCCAGAAAAUCUUGUGAAAGGCUGCCAGAGUGAGCCAGCACACUGGGAAAGUCCUGGAGAUGUGAAAGGUCUGCGUAGCAGAAAUUCUUGGAGAUUUCUUACACCCAGACAUAGUAGAGACUACAACACACCCACUUCAUAAGUGUUUCAGCGACCCAGCACUUGCCAUGCAGCUGUCUAGCCAUUCAAGAGUUGGAAGCGUCCAUUCCCAAAGAAGUCAAAAUCAAGCCACCACACGUUGACUGCACUCAUCCAAAACAAAACUCAACAAGGACUUUGGCUGAGGCUGGAUAGCAGCAGCUGCCAGGGCCACCUGUAGGAAAUAACACCCUCAUUUAAAUUUAGGAGGAGGAAAAAAAAAUAAUAAUAAAGUUAGGAGGAAGCCGAGCCACUCGCAGACUUUUCCAAGUGAAAGAAAGCAUCAUGUGUUGACACCUCUGUGUGAGUGUCUGGGAAAGCAGAGUUGCUAGCCUGUUACUGGAAUGAUUGUAGUCAUGCUUUUGAAUAAACAAAGACUUCAGAUGGAGGGACAGUCAGGGCCAGAGACCCAAACUGUGGCAGACUGACAUACAUGCGUCUUUGGAGAGAAGGACCAUUGAUCUUGUUGGCUCUAUUCCUCACUCACACUGUAAUUGCUCCUUUUUUUUUUUUUUGGAGAGAAAAGGCAAUGAUAAAUCUGUUGUACCUAAAAAAAUAUUGUCCUUCGAGUGCCAGUAACCUUAUUAAAAGAUAGUGCAAGCUGGACUUGUGCAACACACGUAACUAAAGUGUUUGCUCCCCAGAAGCCUAGCUGUGGAACUAAGACUGUCUGUAGUUAGGAACAACCAUAGAAGUCUGCCCAGAGGGAAUUGGAGCAUGGAAUUAGACUUGAGGUACACUGGGAGGGAACAGCAAACUUCCUUUUCCAUGUCUGCUUUCCCUUUCUGUGUGAGACUGAGAUACAAACGUGCCACUGAUGAGAUACUCAAGAGCAUUUGCACUUGAAAAGACAGCAAGUCAAAGAACUUAGAUCCCAGAAAAAUAGAAAUCGCUGAGUCAGACAGCACACACAGAAGAGGACCGAAUUUAAGUUCACUUUUGUUCCUAAAUACCAGUGGAUGAACAGGAGUCGGACUAGGUGCAUUGACAUCAGCUGGGGAACUCAUUAUUUAAUACAGACUUCCUGGUACCAUCCCCUGGAGAUUCUAACUCAGCAGGUUUGGGACCAGACCUGGGAAUCCAUACUUUUAACAAACUCACCAAGUGUUUCUGCCAUGUGGCCAAGUUUGGGAACCUUAAAAGACUUGCAUUGGCCCCAUUCUUCCUUGAAGCAAAAUUUCAGCGGUAGGAAGCUGAAACAUGUUAAAAGAUAAACUGAGGCAUGUAAAACAUUUUAAGAAUUUAUUUGAGCAGAAAUUGAUUUGAAUUCAGCAGCACCA